UCAAUGUAGUAGGUGUUGGAAGGUUGUACUCACUACUCAUGGAUGAAGUUGCUCAGCAAUUUGCUGAUAUUUUGGAUAAUGACCCUUCUGAAACUCCGGAUGAUCGAGAUGUCAUGAAUGAGCUCUUUGGCAACGAAGAGGAACCAUUUGGAGAAGAGGCUGAAGAAGUUCCUGACAGACAAAUCAAAAUCCUAAAUCCCGGUGGGGAUGACGACAUCACUAAAGUCAAAAAGCCCAAACGAGUUCUUCUAAAGUUAGAUCUUGAUAAAUUGUUCUCAGAUAGAGGAUUGUCAGCAAUUCCCAAUCAUAUCAAACCCUUGAAAUUCAGAGGAAAGGGACAUGAGCUUGAAGACAUCACAAAUAUCUGCAAGGCUUAUGAACACUGGGCCCACAGACUGUAUCCCAAAAUGACAUUUAAAGACGUUAUAGAAAAGGUUGAGAACUUGGGUCUGAAGAACAGAAAAAAGUGUUUUAACAAGCGAAUGGAGAUUUAUGAGGAAUCGAGGCGCAUGGCUCUUGUCACUGGCAAAGAAAAUGGAGACGAAGAUGAUGAUGAGGCACCUCAGUAUAUGGAGGAAGACACGGACUCAGGUCUGUUUGGAGAAGCUCUGAGAGAGCCGGCCCCACAUCCAGAUCUACCGCCCCCUACAGAAACUCCCUCUCUCAGUUCUGAGCAGAUUGAGCGAAUGAGGCAAAACAGGAUCCGAGCACUGGAUCGAAAAAAGCAGAGAGAAAGUGGUAUCGGUGCAAACAAUUCCCUGGAGAUGUCCCCACUAGCACGAAGUGGUCCCAACGUCUCAUCAUCCCAGAUAGAUCAGUCACCAGAUUCAGAUUACCAAGCACCCAGCAAGAGAUUCAAACCAGACUUUUCGGAAACAAUGACACCUUGAGUUACACCUGUACAUUCAGACUAGAUACGUUUUUAAUUUUCCCGUUUGCUGCAUGAAGUUUAGGUUUUAAGGAUAACUUGCCACAGAGAGUGGAAGGGCAGGGACUUAGCACCCGUUUAUUGUUGAGCUGUGAAAAAAGACCAUUAUUUUGAUUGUUUUCCUGUUUAGACCUGUUUAGACCUUUAGGUUAGGAUUGUGUUUAGGCUUUAGAAUGUUAACUACCAUGAGUACAUACUACAUAGAGGUAGCUAAUUGUUCUAAUAUUAGCAUAUUUAAUUAAAUUUAAAUGUUAGAUCUUGAUGAUCUCUCAUCCCAGGCUCCUGAUUUUAAAUUUUACCUUAGAAACGUUUUACCAGAGAUAUGUUUUGAUGAAUCUUAUCAAAAACUAGCGAAAUGACCUAAUGCUGAAUGGUCUUUUAAGAGCGUUUUAAUAUUAUUGUUUACUAUUCUGAUAUUAUUUAUAAUAGAAUUUUUGCAAUUGAACAGAAUUUGUAAAACUUGAAGA